CUUUGUAGACGGGGAAACUAAGGCUGAGAAUCCAGGCCCGGGGCGGGCGGGGACGAGACCCAGAAUACCGCGCGGGCGGGGACAAGGAGGAGAAUGCACCUUCGGUGCGGGCGGGGACGAGCACCAGAGAGCAAGGUUGGCGGGCGAGAACGAAACCCACAAAACGACACGGGCGGAGUCGAGAACCCAAAAGCGACGCGCACGGGGCCGAGGAGGAGACUCGAGGUUUGGCGCGGGCGGGGACGAGAAGCAGCGCUCGGGCACGCGGGGACGGCGGCCGGCGCGGGCGGGCGGGCGCGGCCUUUGUCUCCUCCUCCGGCGCUCUCCUCGGCUGCGCCGGCCCCAUGAGCCCGCGGCCCCCCGGCGCCCGGGCCGCCCGCAGCCCCUGACCUGAUCUGCCCUCACCAUGGCCGAAGCCACCUCAGGCGCCGGGGGCACGUCCCUGGAGGGCGAGCGCGGCAAGAGGCCCCCGCCGGAGGGCGAGCCCGCAACCCCGGCGUCCGGAGUUCUGGAUAAGCUUUUUGGGAAGCGGCUCUUGCAGGCGGGUCGAUACCUGGUGUCCCACAAAGCGUGGAUGAAGACGGUGCCCACGGAGAACUGCGAUGUAUUGAUGACCUUCCCAGACACAACUGAUGACCACACACUGCUGUGGCUGCUGAACCACAUCCGUGUGGGCAUCCCCGAGCUCAUCGUGCAAGUCCGCCACCACCGCCACACGCGUGCCUAUGCCUUCUUCGUCACCGCCACGUAUGAGAGCCUACUCCGAGGGGCCGAUGAGCUGGGUCUGCGCAAGGCAGUGAAGGCCGAGUUUGGUGGGGGCACCCGCAGCUUCUCUUGCGAGGAGGACUUCAUCUACGAGAAUGUGGAGAGUGAGAUGCGCUUCUUCACCUCCCAGGAGCGCCAGAGCAUCAUCCGCUUCUGGCUGCAGAACUUGCGAGCCAAGCAGGGCGAGGCUCUGCACAAUGUGCGCUUUCUGGAGGACCAGCCAAUCAUCCCUGAGCUGGCAGCCCGCGGGAUCAUCCAGCAGGUGUUCCCAGUCCAUGAGCAGCGCAUCCUGAACCGCCUCAUGAAGUCAUGGGUGCAGGCUGUGUGUGAAAACCAGCCUCUAGACGAGAUCUGUGACUACUUUGGCGUGAAGAUUGCCAUGUACUUCGCCUGGCUGGGCUUCUAUACAUCGGCGAUGGUGUACCCGGCUGUUUUUGGCUCUGUCCUGUAUACAUUCACAGAAGCCGAUCAGACAAGCCGGGAUGUCUCCUGUGUGGUCUUUGCCCUCUUCAACGUGGUCUGGUCAACGCUGUUCUUAGAGGAGUGGAAACGGAGGGGGGCGGAGCUGGCCUACAAGUGGGGGACGCUGGACUCACCCGGGGAAGCUGUGGAGGAGCCACGACCCCAGUUCAGGGGCGUGCGCCGCAUCAGCCCCGUGACGCGGGCGGAGGAGUUCUACUACCCACCCUGGAAGCGGCUGCUCUUCCAGCUGCUCGUGAGCCUCCCCUUGUGCCUCACCUGCCUGGCCUGCGUGUUCCUGCUCAUGCUCGGCUGCUUCGAGCUGCAGGAGCUGGUGCUGAGUGUGCGGGGGCUGCCCCGCCUCGCCCGCUUCCUGCCCAAGGUCGUGCUGGCCCUGCUGGUCAGCGCCAGCGCUGAGGGUUACAAGAAGCUCGCCGUCUGGCUGAACGACAUGGAGAAUUACCGGCUGGAGAGCGCCUAUGAGAAGCACCUCAUCAUCAAGGUCGUCCUGUUCCAGUUCGUCAACUCCUACCUGAGCCUAUUCUACAUCGGUUUCUACCUCAAGGACAUGGAGCGCCUGAAAGAGCUCCUGCUCGUCCUGUCCCUGUCCCAGAGCCUCGAGCGGCAGCUUCAGGCGGUGCUGGUCCCGCUCGUGGCCCUGCGGUUCCGCCUGCUCCUCCUCUCCCUCCGGGGCCUCCUGCUCAUGGCCCAGGCCAAAAUGCUGGCCACUCUGCUGAUCACCCGCCAGUUCCUCCAGAACGUGCGCGAGGUCCUGCAGCCACACCUGUACCGGCGGCUGGGCCGUGGCGAGCUCGGGCUGCGGGCGGCCUGGGAGUUGGCCCGAGCCCUGCUUGGCCUGCUGAGCCUCCGGCGCCCUGCGCCCCGCCGCCUUGAACCCCAGGCCGAAGAGGGGGGUGGCAGCAGCAGUGGCAUGGGACGCAGGUGUCUCGGUGGAGGCUGUGGGGCCCCCGAGGAGGAAGAGGAGGCUACGGUGGAGCAGCGGCCAGCAGGGGAAGGUGGGGAGGUGGGGGACGGGCUGAGGGGGGACAAGGAGGAGGAGGAGGAGGAGGAGGAAGAAGACGACGAGGAGGAGGAGGAAGAGGAGGGUGAGGAGGGCAGCCUCCUGGACUGUGGGCUCCGGCUGAAGAAGGUCAGCUUUGCUGAACGGGGGGCUGGGCGGCACCGGCCUGGCCCAAGCCCAGAGGCCCUCCUGGAGGAGGGGAGCCCCACGAUGGUGGAGAAGGGGCUGGAGCCCGGUGUGUUCACACUGGCCGAGGAGGAUGAUGAGGCCGAGGGGGCUCCUGGCAGCCCUGAGCGGGAGCCCCCAGCCAUCCUGCUCCGCCGGGCUGGGGGCGAGGGCCGUGACCAAGGGCCAGACGGGGGUGCAGACCCGGAGCCGGGAUCAGGUGACUCAGCCCGGAGGCAGCGGCGGCAGAAUCGGGCAUCUUGGAUCGACCCACCCGAGGAGGAAUACUCACCUCAACUCACCCAGGCCGAGCUCGAGAGCUGUAUGAAGAAGUACGAGGACACGUUCCAGGACUACCAGGAGAUGUUUGUGCAGUUUGGCUACGUUGUGCUGUUCUCGUCUGCCUUCCCGCUGGCUGCGCUGUGCGCUCUGGUCAACAACCUCAUCGAGAUCCGCAGCGACGCGCUCAAGCUGUGCACGGGGCUGCAGCGGCCCUUUGGGCAGCGGGUGGAGAGCAUCGGCCAGUGGCAGGUGAUGGAGGCCAUGGGCGUGCUGGCAAUCGUGGUCAACUGCUAUCUCAUCGGCCAGUGCGGGCAGCUGCAGCGCCUCUUCCCCUGGCUCAGCCCUGAGGCGGCCAUCGUGUCCGUGGUGGUGCUAGAGCACUUCGCUCUGCUCCUCAAGUACCUCAUCCACGUGGCCAUCCCCGACAUCCCCGGCUGGGUGGCCGAGGAGAUGGCCAAGCUCGAGUACCAGCGUCGGGAGGCCUUCAAGAGACACGAGCGCCAGGCCCAGCACCGCUACCAGCAGCAGCAGCGGCGGCGGCGGGAGGAGGAGGAGCGCCAGCGCCACGCGGAGCAUCACACCCGGCGGGAACGCGAUGCCAGUGGCCGGGAGGAGGCGCGGGCCGAGGGCUCCGGGCUGGACCCCACCGCCCCUGAGAAGGCCUCAGCCAAGGCCAAGGGCAGCGGGACGGGCGGCCACGGGCCAGAGCGGCCCAAGCGCCCAGGGUCCCUGCUGGCACCCAACAACGUCAUGAAGCUGAAGCAGAUCAUACCGCUGCAGGGCAAGUUCCUGUCGUCAGGGGCCACGGCCUCGCUGGCCGGGGCCGGCCCCGCUGCCCGGCCGCCCCCCGCCCAGUCGCCCACAGGCAGUGACACCCGCCUGCCAGCCUUCCUCAGCUUCAAGUUCCUCAAGUCGCCUGAGACCCGGCGGGACCCUGAGCGCAGUCACUCGCCACCCAAGGCCUUCCACGCUGGCAAGCUCUUCCCCUUCGGUGGGGCCCGGGCUGAGGCCGGGUCCAACGGGGCAGGCGGGCAGGCGCGGCUGGAUGGGACCCCUGGAGGUGGCAGUGGCCGGGCCCAGCGGAGUGGGCCGGCGGACGAGGCUGCGGCUGAGGAGCCAGACGCCCCCCGGCCUGAAGAGGAAGGCUCAGGGACAGCGCUGGCCCCCGCCCCGCGCACCCGCCGCAGCCGGAGCCCCGCGCCGCCGCCACCGCCAACGCCGCUGCCCCGGCCCCCGACGCCGCCCGCCGGCUGCUGGCAGUGGGAUGGGCCGUGGGGCUGCGGGGGCGAGAGCGCCGCCCCCCGCCAGGCCCCCACCGCCGCCGCAGCCGACUGCCCGCCCUGUGCCCUCGCCGGGCCCGCGCCCGGCCUCCAGCCCCUGCCGGGGGGCGCUAGCUUCUACAGCCUCCCGCCGCCACCCCCCGAGCCCCCCGAGCCCGCGGCGCCCUCGCCCAGCCCCAGCCCCAGCCCCCAGGCCGUGUGCUGGCCCGGCGGCUGGCACUAGCUGGGCCCGCCCGGCCUUCUCUUCUGUAUGCAAUAGCAGCCCCCGACGGGGCGACGCCGCCGGCCACCGCGCUUCGGCCACGGCCCCGGGAUCGGCCGCCCUCCCGAGGCAGGGCCGGGGCCGCGGCCCCCGAUCUGCCGUUUUCCUUUCGACCAGGAUGGGGGACACGAAAGGCAACCCCCAAAACCAACAGGAAACACACAGAAUAGGCGAUUAUUUAUUUGUUUUUAAUUUAUUUUGUCAUAUUUUUGUAAAACGGCAGAAAUGCAAUAAAGUCUAUUUCAACAGUGCCUAA